UCUCUCUCUCUCUCUCUAAAUUCACUCUCCUAAACACAAAACCGAAAACACCUCUCUCUCGUUUUCAUUUCUCCUCACUAACACUGUCGUCCCCAGAGGAUAACGGAACCAGCCCUCGUUUUCUCCUCUAUCUCUCCCCACCGAUGGAGCAGCAGACUCACGACGAAAUCCUCGUCUCCGGUAACGGCCCCGACCAUUUCGUCGUCGACGACCUCCUCGACUUCUCCAACGGCGACGAUGACGGCGCCUUUGACGACGUUAACGACCCAUCCGUCGUCGCCGAUAGCUGUAACUCCUCCUCCGCCUGCGAGCGCAGUUUCCCCGACGCCGCUGAAAUCUCCGGCGACCUCUGCGUAAUUCCGUGCGAGGAUUUGGCGGAACUAGAAUGGCUAUCGAAUUUCGUGGAAGAAUCCUUCUCAAGCGAGGACCAAGACAAGCUCCACUUAUUGUCCGGUUUUAAAGAUCCCCGACCCGACCCCUCUUCUCAAACCCGACCCGGACCCGUGAUCAGCCAAAACGACGACGCUCCCGUCCCGGCCAGAGCAAGAAGCAAGAGAUCACGCGCCGCCGCAUCCACGUGGCCGUCCACCUCUAUCCUCGCCGUGGACAACCCGUUUUCGCCAACCGGGUCGAGCCACGUUGCUGACGUGGUAGCGCCUGAUACUGACGUGGUAUGUCAUAAGAAGAAAGCCAGGAGAAAAGAUUCCUCGGCCGUGGCCGUGGCCGCGGAUGGGGGAAGUGUACGGAGGUGUAUGCACUGUGAGACGGAGAAGACGCCCCAGUGGAGGACGGGGCCGAUGGGGCCGAAGACGCUAUGCAACGCUUGCGGCGUGCGGUACAAAUCCGGCAGGCUCGUGCCGGAGUACAGGCCGGCGGCCAGCCCCACGUUCGUGAUGACGAAGCAUUCGAACUCUCACCGGAAAGUUCUCGAGCUCCGGCAGCAGAAGGAUACGGUGGUUCUGCGUCGGACGGAGGAGUUGCUGACUCAGCUCCGCCGCGAGAGGGUCUUGAUGGGUGACGUCAGAUCCAACGGUGACGAUUUCUUGAUCCAUCAGCAUGUGGGCCCGCAUUUCGGACAGCUGAUCUAAGUCGUGUUUUCCACGUGGGAAAUGUCCGUUUCUGUUUUUUCCUAGGAUCUUUUCUUUGACAUUAAUUUUAAUAUUUUAAUUAAUUUUCUUCUGAUCAAGACUAGUUGUAUAAGGUGAUAACUCUGAUUUUGAUAUUCGGUUCGGGAAAAUAAAAA